GAGGCUAACGUUCACAUAAGAUAGAAGAAUGAUGUUAGCACCGGCGCCACCUCCACCGGCGCUACUUCCACCGGCGCUUUAUUCCUCUGCGCGCCAACAUUUACGGUGGACAGCAGUAAAUUUUGUACGGUCAACAAACCUUCUUCGUCCACGAACCGCCGUUGCUGCAAUAGGCCGUGACGUGGACACCUUCACGGAGUCAUCUGGCUAUCUCUUUGAACUUAGCACGUCAGAGGCUGAAUCCUUAACGGAUUACAAUAUAUCCAAAAUUGCUUCCAUUUAUCGGAAAAAGCCGUUCAUAGUUCUUCGCAGACUUCUUCAAAUCGUCAACACACUCGGCAAAUGGCUCGCACUCAGAUACCUUGAUGGCAUUACGGAGCGUUCUAACCUGAUGUUUGAGGUUAGAGCUUCGCAGUUGCGUCAGAUACUGGUAAAGCUUGGACCGGCAUAUAUAAAAAUUGCUUAGGCUAUCUCAUCUCGACCUGAUCUGAUACCCCCAUCAUAUCUCAACGAGCUUUCUUUAUUGCAAGACCGUAUUUCACCAUUUUCAACUGAAGUUGCAUUUAGAACGAUUGAGAAAGAACUUGGGGCACCAUUAGAUCAACUUUUCACUGAGAUCUCACCAGAACCUAUGGCUGCAGCAUCCCUUGGCCAGGUCUACCAGGCUAGACUGCGUGAUACAGGACAGAUAGUUGCUGUCAAAGUGCAGCGACCUGGAGUCCAAGCUGCUAUUUCCUUGGACAUAUUAAUCCUGCAUUAUCUUGCGGGGCUGGUUCGAAGAGCAGGGAAGUUCAAUACUGAUCUGCAGGCUGUUGUUGAUGAAUGGGCAUCAAGCCUCUUUCGGGUAUGGAAAUUCUAAACAUGCAAAGUUCAUUCUGCUCCAAAGUCCAAACCAAAGGGAAAACAUUAUGUUAUUCAAUAAAGCACCCGAUCAGUGGCGUUUGAGGGUUGCUAGUUGAAGAUCUUUAACAAUUCCAUAACUUAAUUUAGCCUCCUUCAUUAGAUACUCUCCUGUCUUCAGUUCCAUUCCUAGUAUGAAUGCUUAAUUUAACCAAUUCUCAUCUUUUUAGUGUCAGAAACUACAAAUCUAGGUAGCAUAUCAGAUUCCAUCGAGUUUUGCUCCCCUUUGUCAAGGCUUGGGGACAAUUGUAACUCAAGAAGCUACAAUAUUAGUUAAAGAAAUGGAUAUGCUGUUUGGAAAUAUACAGGCUUAGUAAAUCCAAAAAUAUGGAGACACAGGCAGAGUAGGAUACAUCAUAAUCACAGUUAUUGCAUAUAUAGUCCUAUAAUGUCAAAUCAAACACAUAGUUGCAAGUACAAGAAGGACCCCUAAGUUCUCUAGUCUAAAAAACUAGCAAUAUUAUUGUUAGGGUCAGUUUCAACUUGACAUCUUGGAAACUGCUACAUCUGUACUAUAAGUAAAAUCUGUACUACAACUUUGUUGAUGCUUUUUGAAGUAUCAAUAUGGUAGCUUGCUACUUUCUUAAAAAAUUCAUCAAAUUUUCUUUUCAAGCUUGCAUUUCGCCAUUCAAAACAUGCUUUCCGCAAACACUAACGAGCCAAUAUAUAUUCUUAUGGCACAAAAAGUGUAUGCCAUCCAAAUUUUUUGAUCAUGCUUCCGUUUAUAUCCUGGGAAGGAAAGUGUUCCACUCAUCAUGAUCGUGUUCUUUGGUUAGUCUUUCUGUUUCUGAACGUCCAGAAGAACCAUUCUCAUCAAGGCACACCCAGCUCUAAUUUAUUUUUUCCACAUGGACUACAUUUUGGGUGACUCCUGAAUUUGAUGGUGUGUCUUAUUCCUCUUAAAACAGUCUCUAUAUAAAUUCUUAGUACUAUAUAUUGAAUACAGGUAAUCACAUUGAAUGCAGGAGAUGGAUUACAUUAAUGAAGCAAAAAAUGGAGUUAGGUUCAGAGAACUAUAUGGCAGUCUAAAGGAUGUUUUGGUUCCAGAUAUGUAUAUAGAGAAAACAACUCGUAAGGUCCUUACCAUGCAGUGGAUGGAGGGUCAGAAGUUAUCUGAAGUGAAGGAUCUUUAUCUGGUCGAGAUAGGAGUGUACUGCUCGUUUAAUCAACUUCUAGAGUAUGGCUUCUAUCAUGCAGAUCCACACCCUGGAAACCUACUUCGUACAUAUGAUGGAAAGCUAGCCUAUUUAGAUUUUGGCAUGAUGGGCGACUUCAAGCAAGAACUUCGUGAUGGUUUCAUUGAAGCCUGUCUCCAUCUGAUAAAUCGUGAUUAUGAUGCGUUGGCUAAGGACUUUGUUACCCUUGGGCUGCUUCCUGCAACGGCUGACAAGGAUGCUGUUACGAAGGCAUUGACAGGGGUUUUUCAGAAUGCUGUUGCCAAAGGAGUCCGAAAUAUCAGCUUUGGGGAUCUUUUGGGAAAUCUAGGAACUACCAUGUACAAGUUCAAAUUUCAGAUCCCUUCAUAUUUUUCUCUUGUUAUUAGGAGCCUUGCUGUUCUAGAAGGUAUUGCGAUCAAUAGUGACCCAAAUUAUAAAGUUUUAGGUGGUACAUACCCGUGGAUUGCCAGGAAAGUCCUAACUGACAGUUCUCCCCAACUUAGGUCUUCUUUGCAAGCUCUUCUUUACGAGGACGGGGUAUUCAGGAUUGACCGUUUGGAAUCUCUGCUAUCAGAGUCCCUUCGAGCCAGAACAGAGAAAGCUUUGGUGAAAGUAGAAGACAACAAUUCCGAUGUGGUUAUCAAGCAGAUCUUGUCAUUCACAUUGACUGAGAAGGGUGCAUUUGUAAGGGAAAUACUUCUUCAAGAAUUCGCCAAGGGUUUGGAUGCACUUGGGAUUGCAAGCCUGGAAUCUUUGACAUCUGCAGCAACUGCGAACAUACCAUUUGCCCCUUCUCCAUCUCCAAUAGCUGAUGAAGAUAUCACCAACUUGAGAAACUUACAUCGCCUACUUCAAUUAUUAUCAGGGUCUCAAAAGAUGGCAGAUGCCAACACUGGAGUUGAAGAAUUCAGUCCAUACACUAACAAAAGAACAACUUUCGAGGAGAUAUCUUUAGUCUUCAAUCAGCUCACGUCUAUUCAAGACAAACUGCCACUGCUUAAUGUUGUUACUGAGCUUCCUCCAGAUUUGCAACAACAACUAAUUCGUCUUCCGGUUGAUCUGGUUGGUAAGUUGGUCUCUCGAGUUGCGGCAAGAACAAUACGAAGGGCGUUGCUAUGAACUGCAAGGAAAGCAGAUGGUUUGUUGUGUAUAGAUGCUACUGCUUGGUGCAUUCAUAUCUUAAUUACAUCCAAAGAAUUGUUACUGUAUAGGGUAUAUUGAUCACAUCGAGUUACAUGUAUGCUACAACUUGUACAAUAAAAUUCACAUGUAUUUGAUUUUUAAACCUUGAUUGAAUUGGUCCAUGCUAUUGGGUUGGUUCCAUCU